GGUUCAAGGGUGAGAGAGAGAGAGGAGUGUUGUUGGAGUUGUACGAUGUCGUAGGGGUAUGUAUGUAUGCCAGGAUUGCUAGGGGAGGGAGCAAGGCUUCAUAUAAUCCGAAUGGAACAAGGCCUCUGGAUAAGUGAGCUGGAGAGUUGGGCUCUAGAGAUUGGGGGAAGAGGGCGUGAAGUAUUGUGCAGGUUGGUGAAGGAUUGGGCAAUAACGUGUGUUUGACGUGAAGCCAGGGUGUUGGUUUCCGAUGAGGACCUGAGGCGAUGGGGCCGGUUGGAUAAAGCAGGGGGUGUAUGAUUCCGAGGCGGUUGGGGAUGGAAAGGAGUUGAGAUGUGAGAGUGAUUAUAAAGUGAGUAUGGUCAAGAUUUUGUGGAUAUGGUACAAGUGCAAGAAUAUAGCCAUCAGGCAGGAGAGCAGUCCGAUGAGAAUCCAAAAAGUGCAGAGACGGAAAGAGUAAUACGUGAUGCUGGGGGUCGGGGCGCGACGGGUGGGAGGUGGUUUGCUUCUUAACGGAGAGUGGGCAGCUCUGGCGCGGACGGGCAGGGAAGACGUAGGACGGGGAUCGGAGAUGGCAGAGGCAGCGACGGCAGAGACGGGGAAAGUCGUCCAGUUCAGGGUACUUGGGUACCUAAGGUACGUAGUGAGGUAUACGGAGUACCUACAGAAGGACCCCAGACGGUACGACACCACACGACUGGAAUUGGAACAACAGGCCCUGCACUGCUACCUUCCCUUGGGUACAACUCAGAAGUACUUGCCAUCCCCCCUGCUUGACCCGAGAUGCCUUACGGUGCCCACUGCCAGCUGCUUGCUGUGUGGCCUUCUCCCUCAGAACCCCGAAAGAUUGGACAAGACGGGAUGGAUGGGUUGGAGAGGGAAGAGGAGCGACAGGGUUUUCCGUAUGGCUGGCGAGAGGCCAGGCCGCCGCCAGAGGCGUGAGUCGCCCAAAUGGACGGGCGGUCUGCCUCUUGGGGAAUGUGGAUGCGUGAACGAAGGCGACGAUGCGUUACAAGUUAUCAACAAGUCAUUCUGUGCCUCAUCCUCAUCCUCGGGCGCGUUGGCGUGAAGGAGGACUCGGAACGGUCAAGGAGUGACAUGACCCCAAGUACA